AUGGACCCGAUCGACCAGCGGACGCGAUGGGUGGCGAUUGACGAUACCGACCCCGAUAUUUCCUGGGUAGGAGAGUGGGAGAUCACACGCGACACAUUCGAGAAUCCGUACAACCGCUACGGGCAGACGCAUGGAGGUUCUCAGCAUGUCACCACUGGGCUCGCGUUCAUGUCCUACAUCUUUCGAGGGACUCGAGUUAUCGUUUUCGGUACAAGUCAUAUCACCAACACCACCACUGGGGUCACUGACCCUGUGUGGGUGUGCAUGGUCAACAACGUCACCUACGCCGAACCACGAGGUUCCAUCGAUGAGAAGAUAAACCAGUGGCCAAUUUGUAGCGUCACCCUCGAUGAUUUCGGUCCUCAUAACAUCACCAUCGGCACGGCGGCCUCGGAGGAGCAUCCAUUCUAUGUCGACUUGAUCCAAUAUCGACCCCUUUGGGAGGACCGAGAGACGCUUCACCCGACUGUUUUCCUGGACAGCACUGAUCCUGGGCUAACCUACGACUCGGGUACCUGGAGAUCGCACGGGAAUGAGACGAUGCUCACGCUGGAUCGGGGUGCAAGAGCGACCGUUGAAUUCAAUGGAACGAAAGCAACUUGGGUGGGCUGGAUGCCCGACGCCUACCCAACUGGCGCUUCCACAGGAACUUGGUCAAUCGACGGAGAUGACCCUGUCGAAUUCGAAAUCCCAGGGCUUCCAUCGGACGCCAAUGGAACCCUCUAUUACCAAAACUUCUUCGAAACGCCCCGUCUACAAUCUCGCGGACCACACAAACUCGUCGUCACCCAUAUGGGUCCAUCGGCUCCCCUCACCCUGGACUAUCUCAUCAUCGAAGACGGCGAUAUCCACGUCCCUCCCGGUGGAGAGGCGAAGGUUAUUGGCGGCACUGCGGGAGGGACCAACGGAAGGAAUGACGAUCCAAGUCCGAAGAAGACACCUGUGGGAGCGAUUGUUGGGGGCGCGGUCGGGGGAGUGGUCUUCCUUGUGGCAUGUGCAUUACUGACCUUCUUCGUCAUCCGACGACAGAAGAAGAAGAAGGAAAGCACCAUGGCCAAUGCGAAUCCGCCGUUGAUCAGCACCUCUCCGAUGUCGACUGGCAACGCUACCUCGACUCAAGGUCCUUCCCCUCCGCCAACAGGAGGAAUGUAUCCCUCUCAGAUGGUCCAGUAUUCGUACCAGCCGCCGCCGUCGUUAGGAACAGUACAGACCAACCCCAGCUUGUCCUCGGUCCCUACGAGCAACAACAGUACCGUUCCGAUGCUCUACACACAGGUCACCAAUCCCAACGCCUCGCCGACAUGGUCAUCGCCGACCAACUCUGCUUUCUCGCCUCACCAACCUCAGCAACAGUCAAUUCCUCCCUACCCGCGACCUCAGUCAACCGUCAUCGGGCAUGACUCGAACGCCUCGAACUACUACGGAGGGUCUGGAGCAUAUCCCGCGGGUCUCCAACAGCAUCAACAGCAGCAGUAUCGUCAAUCUCAGGUGCUCCCCAGCCCUACUACACCGUCCUCGUUGACCCCCUUACGAAAGUCGAUGGUGGAUGCCCGUAAUUCCCAGUGGAUGGGAGGGGGGAGCGACAUGAGCUCGACGCCUGACGCCAACUCGUUUCUGAUGGAUGGAUCGGAUGCGCCAUCUAAUGUCCGCGUAAUGCGAUGA